CCAAGUACUCCACAACAAAAUACCAGAGGAAGAAUUCUGUCCCGUUGAAAUUGCGUCAAUCACCUGACGACAACAAAACAUGGAGGAAUAUGCCCGUGAACCUUGUCCCUGGAGGAUAGUGGACGAUUGUGGGGGGGCCUUCACAAUGGGGGCCAUCGGUGGUGGGGUCUUCCAGUCCGUCAAAGGGUUUCGAAAUGCCCCAGUGGGUGUUCGCCAUAGACUGAAAGGGAGUGCAAACGCUGUCAGAAUAAGAGCACCGCAGAUUGGAGGCAGCUUUGCUGUGUGGGGCGGUCUGUUCUCCACUAUAGACUGUAGCUUGGUGCGCCUGCGUGGCAAAGAGGAUCCUUGGAACUCCAUCACUAGUGGAGCCAUGACCGGAGCAAUCCUGGCUGCUCGCAGUGGCCCCUUAGCCAUGAUGGGUUCAGCAAUGAUGGGGGGUAUUCUGUUGGCCCUCAUUGAGGGAUUUGGCAUCAUGCUCACCAGAUACACAGCACAGCAGUUUCAGAACCCGAGUCCUUUUGUGGAUGACCCAAGUCAGCUUCCACCAAAAGAUGGAGAUCAGGGACAAGAUGGCCGUGGUUAUGGACAGUAUCACUGAAACCGGUUGGAGGCCACUGUGUGGGCCGACCGCUAGACGAGAGAGUGAGAGGGGGCUGUUAGACUCAUAGAUCUUCCACUCGAAUGGUAAUGCCAUCCCUAGGAGCUUUGGAGGAACUUACAUCCCCCUCAAUCUGGACUAGUUUUCAAUGUGGUUCUUAUCACUCAGGGGUAAAAUGCAAACAUUGAUAGUGUUUGUUCUGACCUGGAUGGUGGAGUUUGGGGUAAUACCAGCACUUUAAUGAAUGGACUCUUUCCCAAUAUCAAUAUUUCCCAAUAUCACCUACAACAUACAUACAGCAUACUUUCAAUAUCAAUAUUGCUUCUAUAAUCCUUGUGGUCAGAUCAGAAGUAUUUUGUCGGCCAUUGUAACUUGUCAUCCCCAUGUUAGACAUUGGUGCACAAAUGAAUGAGGAUACAGGGAAUCAUAAAAUAAUGCUGUGAUGGCUAUUGAAUAAAUACCUCUAGCAAGUCAGGGCAGCUUUACACUCUUCGACUGCGUUUAUACAGUGUAACUGUGUUAUAAAGGUCCACAUGUUUUGCCACUUUCUAGUAUGUUUGACAAAUACCAUGUACUGUAUCUCAUGAUUUUGACAUAUAACAAAGGGAAGCCCAACAUACACCUCUGCUGCAUACGGACGGUGGGAAAUAUCCAUUGUAUGACCAGUGUUUACCAGUCCUAUGGCCCCACAGUGUUUGCUCUGAAACAAUGGUGCCUCUUCAGUAUUGCAUUGGCACUCUUUCUUUUGAAAUGGCACAUUGACACAGUCCUUUGAGUCAGACCAAAGUUAUAUUUAUUAUAUAUAAAUACAUAUAUAUAUAUAUGUAAAUAAUAUAUAUAUAUAUAUAUAUAUAUAUAUAUUUACAGAGGCCAUUCACUAGAGUGAGAGGGCCACAUGUAACCUGUGCAAAGCUGUCUGCCUCUGGCAAACUCCUUCAGAGGUUGGUCUCUGGGUAAUCUUUGGAUAUUUCUUUCCCUUUUCAAUGUUGUGGAAACUAGAUCGGGAAUGUAUUCCAGCCUUUGAAUAUAAUCUAUAUUAUAACAGGCUGCAAUCUUUCCAUGUUCGGUUAUCACUGUCUUGUCUGCGAUGCUUUUACAUUUGUCAUAAAUGUUCGGCAAACCGCUCUACUUCUGUGUGACCACCGCAGAUUUGUGGCCCUGAACGUUGCUUUUUUACAUCAUAUUCUAAGUUUUCUCUUACCCCAAUUUUCAACUAUUGCUACAUUUCCACAUUUCGGGACAGUUAGUAUCUCCCAGAAGGCACUUACCUUUCUCUUCCUUCCUCAUCGGUGUUGCUCAUAUUGACCAAGAACUGAUGGGUUUGGGGAGAAAGGAAAAUUAAUUGAAUCGUAUUUAUGAGAAUGCACAUUAGUAGUUUUGAUGAUUAUUUAUUGAAGGUGCAUUUAAACUGAUACAUGUUUGUAAUGAGUAAAUAAAGUAUUUUAUUGUUCACUGA